AUGAGAUUCGUUUAUGUUUUACUUGGAUGGGAAGGCUCAUCGGCGGAUUCUAGAGUACUUCGAGAUGCUUUAGUUAAACCUAAUGGUCUGAAGAUUCCCGUUGGUAAUUAUUAUCUUGUAGAUGCUGGAUACACAAAUGGGGAUGGCUUUCUUGCUCCUUAUAGAGGUACUCGAUACCACCUAUCCGAGUGGACAGAAGGUUGUAUGCCAAAUUCCCCUGAGGAGUACUUCAACAUGAAGAAUUCUCAAGCUAGAAAUGUCAUAGAAAGAUGCUUCGGUCUACUUAAGUUACGGUGGGCUAUUCUUAGGAGUCCAUCUUUUUAUCCAAUUAGAACGCAAGGUCGAAUAAUCAUAGCUUGUUGCCUUAUACACAACUUGAUAAGAAGAGAAAUGGCUAUUGAUCCAAUUGAGUUACAGUUAGAUGAAGUUGCUAACAUCAUUGAAGAUGUGGAAACAAUUGAUGCUGUUGAGCUGUCAGAUCAUUAG